AUGCCCAACCCACCCAAUACGCCACCAACGCCACAGGAUGAAGCCCCGGAUGGACCGUUACCACUGUCGACAAGAUCUUCUCGCCGGCCACUCCUCCUCCACCGCGCUCGGCACGCCAAAGACACCACGCACGCCUCCCUCUCCAGUCUGCACAACCGUACACCCUACCUCCGCCACCUCCCCCUCCCCGCCAUCCUCAUCAUCCUCCUCCUCGUCCUAAUCAACCUCCUGGUGUGGGCCAUCGCCGCCCUCACCCUAACCCUCUCCCGCACCUCCCACCAACUCCUGGGCACCGCCGCCCUCGCCUACAGUCUCGGCCUCCGCCACGCCCUCGACGCCGACCACAUCUCCGCCAUCGACCUCAUGACUCGGCGCCUCAUCGCCUCUGGCCAGCGGCCCGUCACGGUGGGGACGUGGUUUAGCUUGGGGCAUAGCACUAUUGUCGUCAUUACUAGUAUCGUUGUGGCGGCGACGGCGGCGGGUGUGGAGAAAAGGUUUGGAGGGUUUGGGGCCGUGGGCGGGAUUGUUGGGACGAGUGUUUCCGCUGCGUUUCUCUUACUCUUAGGCAUCAUGAAUGCCUACAUACUUUAUAAGCUAUGCGUACAGAUGGUAAAGGUCAUCGACAUGCCUUUGUCAGCUGCAUCGCAGGCGACGUUCAAGCUGGAGCUGGGCGGUGGGGUGCUGUUCAGGGUCUUGAAGAGGAUGUUCAAGCUGAUCGAUCGACCGUGGAAGAUGUAUCCACUGGGCGUGCUGUUCGGGUUGGGGUUCGAUACGAGCAGUGAGAUUGCGCUGUUGGGGAUCAGUAGUAUACAGGGCGCGAGGGGUACUAGUAUGUGGUUGAUAUUGGUAUUUCCGGUAUUGUUCACGGCGGGAAUGUGUCUUGUGGACACGAUGGAUGGGGCAUUGAUGAUGGGAUUGUAUACUGCGCCGAUGGGGAUGGGCGGUGGCGGCAAGGAGGAGGUCAAGAAUAGCACAAGGGGGAGGGACGUUGUGGCUGUGGCUGGGCAAGAAGGUGAUGGAACGACGAGCAUCGAGCAGCCACGUCAGCACGAUCUUGAGACAGUGCCACGCCCUACGCCACCCUCCCAAGCCUCUACACCAGGUCGAUCCGCGGGCGAAGUGGCAGCAACCACCACCGUCAUCACGAACACCGACCCCAAUGACACCGAUAACAAGACUCCCAACGACCGAAUCCGCGACCCCCUCUCCUUCCUCUACUACUCAACCCUCCUCACCCUCCUCACCGUCCUCUGCGCCCUCGUUAUCGGCACAAUUCAGCUCCUCUCCCUCAUUCUCAACACCGCUCACCCGAACGGGCCCUUUUGGGAGGGUGUCGAGAAAGCGGGGGAUAGCUACGAGAUCAUAGGCGGUGGGAUCUGCGCCAGCUUUUUGCUUGUUGGUAUCGGCUCGGUCGUCUGCUUUCCGCGGUUCAAGCGAUGGGUUGAUAGACGUCGGGCAAGAAAAGGUUUUCAGGCUGACGACGAGCGGCCACAGGGCGAGGAGAGGUACAGUGAUGAGGUGCAGCUUGAGGGGACUGCCAGGGACGAGGAGGCGGGAGCUGCCGCCGAGGGGGUUGUAGUGGUGGACGAGAUCACGGAGGUCGUCGAUAAGUCUAAGCACAACGCAGGCGGCAGAGGCGCGCAACAGCCGAGCAAGAAGGACACGUCGACGGUUGCAGAAAGGGAGGUCGUUGGCGAGAGCAGUCGCUAG